UUGCUUUUGCAAAGUGGACAAGGUUGUUGGGCAUCGUGCAUUUUUCUAAGUGUAAAAAAAUUUAAGCGCACAUUCAAUUGAUUUAAAUUUUUUCGGUGUAUUGCGGCAAAGUGAAGCUAUUACAUUUUCUUACAGUGAUUGGUACGCACAACAAAAAACAACAACAAAUUAGCGCGCAACAAAAUGCGGCAGCUGCAGAACAAAAGGAAAUACAAAAUCGAUUAAGUGGCAAGCAAAGCAACACAACUGUUUGUCCGCAGCGAGCGAAACGCUCUUUUAUUACACAAACAAAAUGGAUGGCACAGGACCCAGUACAAGUGCUAGCCUCGGAGCCAUGUUGGUGCAGGUCACUACGGAUGGGGGCGUGCCGAAGCUGCACUGUCCGGUGUGCAACAAAGCGCUGGGCUCUCUGGCCGGCUAUGUGAAGCAUCUGAAGAAACACGAACCGCCUGGCGGCUUCAAAUGUCGCCACUGUAACUCGCUCUUCUGCCAGGAGGAUGAGCUGAAGAAGCACGUGGAGGCCACCCACGCGGAGCUGACGUGCAACCUGUGCCAUGGUAUGAGCUUCGUUAGUUCGGCCGCUUUGUGCUCUCACAUCAACGAGGUACAUCCCGAUGAGGAUAGGGAGAAGCACUUCAAAUUCUUGAAGUUUGGCUUGGGACUUGCCACUGAGGAUUCCAUAAAAAGCGAUAAUGCCACACGUUCCUUCAAAUGCGACAUAUGCGAUAAGAGUUUGCCGACCAGACGCGAUUUGAAACAGCAUCAGGAGACUGUGCACAAGACUGGACCUGGACGACGCCGGGGCUUUGCGGAAAAGAACGAACGUGCGCACAACGCUACACCUUCUGCUCUGACUCCGCCCGUACGCAAGGUGGAGUGCAAGGGCUGUAACGCCACCUACUCCAGCUCCUCGAAUCUAAUGAAGCACAGACGCAGUCGACCGGACACCUGCGGCCUGCCCAUCUAUGAUACGUGUACGCAACGGGGGCGUCCUCGUGGCUCACGCUCGUCCAAUACUUUGGACUCAUCAACUGCCGCAAAAAUAAAAGCGAAAGCCAAGAAGACGCGAAAAAAGCACGGCUCCAAUUCUUCUAGCGAUGGAGGAGAUGAUUUCAUGGACAAUGAUAACGUAGACAGCAGCGAUGAUGAUCUGCCAUUGGCCAACAGACUCAAGACACGAGGCCAGCAAAUGAAGCAGGAGCCCAUCAGCACUGCAGUCAGCGAUUCGGAUGAAGAGUAUCCCGACUUCGAGCCCACCAAUAGCGACGAUGAUGACUUCAAACUGCCCGCACCUGCAAAGGUAAAGGAGGAGACAUACGAUGAUGAUUUCGAGUACCAGGAUGCCAGCCUCUUUGUGCAGUCCACAUGCGCCGUCAAGGAGGAGGGCACAGGCAGCGAAAUUUUCAUCAAUGAGAAGGACAAGUUGCUGGAUGUGCUGCUCAGCACCGAGGAGGAUGGAGUUGUGGCAACUGGCGAGACCAAUCUAAAGCCAUUCGAAAGUCUGAAAGUGGAGCACGCGAUGCUGGAUGAAAUAGCCGCUGUGCCUUUGGCGGCCACAAACGAGCCGGAGUCCGUGGAGGAAGAUGUUCUGGCGCUGCAAGAGCCUGCAUCUCCGGAAGACAACGACGACGACGAUGAUGAUGAUGAUGACGAGGACUUUGAAUAUGACAGUGAAGCUGAGAAAAAAUCUAAACGCAAGAAACAAUCAAAAGCGAAGGCGUCUAAACCGACGGGUCCCAAGCGUAAAUAUCGAAAACGCAAUGCCCCGCGUACACCGUCACCCUCAUCGGACAGCCAAAUGCCGAAACGUGUUGCCAAGAUCAGCAAGAAAGAGCUCAAGGAACGUCUCAAGAUGAUCAACAAAGUGGAAAAGUCGUGGAAGUGUCCGCACUGCGUCAAAAUCUAUCACAUACGCAAGCCGUACGAGAAACAUUUACGCGACGAUCACAAACUAACGCCCGAGCAAAUGAAGGAGAUAUUCAAAGAUGUCGAUGCGCACGCCAAGCUGGAUGAGGAGGUCUUCAAAUGCAAGAUAUGCUCCAAGAUCUAUUUGGUGGAGAAACGUCUGGAGACGCACAUGAAGGUGCACGGCGAGGACGGCAGUCUCACCUUUAAGUGCCCCUGCUAUUGCAAUCUAUUCUUUGCCACCAAGGAGGAGGCCACAGCACACGCCCACAAGCAACACAAGGAGCUGCUCUACUGUGUCAUCUGCGACAAGUACAUGACUGGCCACGACAGCUUAAAGAACCACGAGAAGAACUUCCAUUCAAAAAAACAGCCACGCAAUCAGCCCCGUAAUCUCAUCUGCGACAAGUGUGGCAAAAAGUUUACCGGACGCACCUCUUUAUCGGAUCACGUGCGCUCCGAUUGCGGUCGACUGCCCCUCUAUCAGUGCUCUGUGUGCAGUAAACGUCUCUCCACCGCCGGCAUUUUGAAAACCCACAUGCUGCUCCAUAAGGAUGAGACGCCAUACCAGUGCGACAAAUGCGGCAAGACUUUCAAGGUGAAGGCUCAGUACAAAUCGCAUCUAAAAACGCGACACACGGACUACAAACCCUACAAGUGUCAUCUCUGCCCCAAGGAAUAUCCCUACCGUGAAAGUCUGCUGACGCACAUGACCGUCCACACAGGCAUCAAGCGGUUCCUCUGCAACAAUUGUGGCAAACGAUUCACUUGCAUCUCGAAUCUCCAGGCGCAUCGGAAGGUGCAUGCCGACACCUGCGGCCUAUUGCCCCUGAAUGCAAAGGCCACGCAAUAUAUGGGCGUGCAGCGGGGCAAGCUGUUGAUGGGCGCGAAGCCCGAGGCAGGAAUGGAGUAUGAAGAGACCAAGACCCUCAUUGCGCAGGAUGUUAUUGAUCGCGAUAUGCCAAUGGCACAGGAACUUAAUUUUCCCUCAGAGCCAUCGGCGCCGUUGGCCACUGUGCCCCUCAACUAUGCCUCCUCUCAUCUGGUUCCGCAUAUUGUGCUUCAAACCAUGCAGGCGGAGGCCAGGCGCUCAUCAAAUUAGAUUAAGGUAGAGUAGUUAAUGAUUAUUUUCUAUUAUGCGCCCGCAGUUUAUAUAAAAUACGCCUUGUAUAUAAUGUCGAAGACUUUUUGUGCAUUUGCUUACAUUAACUUACGACUAAUUGACAAUUACUAGAUGGAUUGCGAACUGCAGCAAGUAUUGGUUGAUU